AUGUAUCAAAUAGCCUACUGCAUAGACAUUUCCCUCCUCAAGGCCGUCACGACGGCAACGACGACGAUCAUGAAGGGCGGGAAGCGCACCAGAGAGGUGGGCAUUUUGGUGGCGCCCACCACAUGCGUUUUUGAAGAAAACUAUCGAACGGAUGAGCUGCGGCCACCCUCCUCCUCCCCUCCCUUAUCUUGUCAUCCCUCCUGCCUCGUGCUCUCGCAGCUGCAGAACCUCCCCCUUAAGGAUUUCUCCGCCGAGGUGCGAGCUAACAUGGAUAUCAAGAUGUUCAUUAAGGGUGCAACUCUCCUGCUUGACCUGGAGGCCUCCUCCAUCGAGGAAAUAAUUCAUGACAUGUUGGAAGCUGUUUUCAACGAGACGCCCGGUCAUGUCAACCACGCAGCCACCACUCCCACUGGUGGCAGUGGAAUACAUCGUCACUUUCUCACACCCAACCACUCUCCCCAUGGCUCGACUCUGGAAUGCGAGGAGAGCCACAAUGUCACAAAUGCCAGCAGCAUCAACAAUAGCGGUGGACACGUGCAUGGCCGAUCACACAUGCACAUGACCGGUGGAAGCGGUCUUUUUGCUACGACUGCAAAGAUGUCCACGUUGAGUAGGGAGGAGCUUAUUGAGGAGGCGAAGAAAGCCCUGUUGCUAGAAAUUCGACACAAUGAUCUCGCCUAUAGGCGGCUAAGUAAGACAAUAAAGUCGGUGUCCUUUCAGGAGAAUGAGGGUAUGACAAUGGAUCAGAGCUGGAUCUGUGCUUUAUGCAGUUUGAAGAACAUUCAGAAGCGCUAUCUGGCCCUAGCUAGGCUCGCCUACCCAGUUAACCUAGGCCGUUCAAACGAGGGUACUCAGAUCAUCCUCCUUGUCAUCAGUCCACAAAAGGAGAAAAGGACAAAGAGUGAGAUAGAGUUGGGCCGUACCUUCGCCACUAUUCUCUCAGACCUCGAGUUUCGGCGCCAGUUAAUAUACGCACAGGACGAAGAGGAGGUGAAGUCUCUUCUUUGUGCUCGGGCGCACGAACUGGAGGAGGAGCACGAGCAGUUGCGACAUGGUCCGGAUAGGAUUGACGAUUUCAUUGACGGUUGUUUGGAACCAAGACCACGGUGCCAAGUAAUGAGCGGCCUCAUUGCUGAUCUGCGGAGGCGACUGCCCUUGUACCCCUCCGACUUUAUUGAUGGCAGGUCGUUGGAACAGACAUUGCAUGUCUGUGGCCUCCAACGCUCUCCAAGUCAUCGUUGUUCCUGGGGUGUACGAGGCAACCACACCGCACGCAAAGUGACUUCCUCCGUCUUCUUCCUCUACUUCGCCUGUCUCCUACCCUCCAUCGCAUUCGGUGUGCUCAACUACAAUAACACUUGCGGAAAGAUUGGUGUCUUCCGGAUACUGUUAUCGCAAACGAUAGGAGGUCUCUGUUUCGGCCUAACUGGAGGACAGCCUCUAACAGUCCUUCUCACCACUGCGCCCAUUGCUAUCUACGUAAAGCUAAUCUACAUGGUAACGGAGUCCUAUAACUUGGAGUUUUAUGCGUUUUUUGGCUGUGUGGGUCUAUUCAAUGCCGGAUUUCUCUUCAUUUACGCGGCCCUUGAUGCCAGUCGGAUAAUGCGAUGGUCAACAGAAGAGAUAUUUGCAAUGUUUGUCUCAAUCGCCUUUCUCGUUGAAGCCUACCGGGAUACCGCAAAGGAGUUCAGGACGUACUACUUCGACUGCAUCUCUGCUGGGCAGUGUCGGAGUGACGCUGUUACCAGUAGUGCGGUUGACGAUGCCAACAUAAGCUUGCUCAACUUCCACCCUGCCCUCGUCACCACUCCGACCACCCUUGUGAGCAGCCUCAACGAUAGCCGAAACGCUACCAAGCCGAUGGGCGUCUGUAAACCCGAGGUUGCCAUCCUAUACCUCUUCUUACUCGCCUGCACCUACUGGAUAUGCAUUUCCAUGCUCAAUUUCACCAAAACGCCCUUCCUGACUGAAACAAAGAGGGAGUUGAUUCAUGACUUUGCCUUGCCUUCUGCCGUGCUCGUGAUGUCUUUCGUUGGUUCUUACCUGUUCAGGAAAGUUGAACUAAAGCCUUACAGUGUUGACAUGGACACCUUUGAGUGGAAGGUGAUCGACUUCCGCACUCUCAAUUGGUUAAACAUUCUGGGCGCUAUGGGGCUCUCCUUCCCUCUCUCCCUCCUCUUUUUCAUGGAACAAAACAUCGCCAGUGUCAUCGUCAACUCACCCUCUAACAAGCUGAAGAAGGGGACGAGCUACCAUUGGGACCUCUUCGUGGUGGGAGUGAUCAACACCCUGCUCUCCCUCUUCGGUCUACCUUGGGUGCAUGGCGCCUUGCCCCAAUCACCUAUGCACGUCCGCUCACUCGCCGAUAUGGAGGAGCGGAUUACCGUUGGUAACAGUGUGCAGCAGAUAGUGGCUCGGGUUCGUGAAACUCGCAUCACCUCCAUACUGGCUCACAUUGGAAUUGGCUUGUCUAUCCUGAUGUUGCCGAUCCCUCUCACCUACAUCCCACGUCCAGUGCUGGCAGGACUGUUUGUCUACAUGGCUGUCACCUCAGUCAUUGAUAACCAACUGUGGGAGCGGAUCCAGUUAGUCUUCAUUGAACAGUCAGCCUACCCGCCCUCGCACUACAUUCGCCGAGUGCCACAACGAAGAAUGCACCUCUUCACUGGUCUCCAGUUACUCCAAUUAGCCGUGCUCUGUGGCUGCGGUUUUGCGGAGGUGCCGUUUAUCAAAAUGGUCUUCCCUAUCCUCCUUUUCCUCCAAAUUCUUGUCCGUGAUUCCAUCACCUACUCCGCCCUUCACAGAGAAGUGAUGCCCACAAUAGACCAAAUUCUGCUUUUUGAAGCGCACAAGCUGGCUAUUACUGACUGGCCGUUUGACGUCAUCGUCGGUGGACGCACGGCAGAAAGCAUAACCUGCCUGAUUGGCUGGUUGCGCUUGGCCAAUCAUUGUGUCUACAGGCAUGAUGGAGUAAAUCGUCCGCAUGCCUGGCCGAACACGCAUGCGUAUCACCGAUACACGGGCGUGCACUCUGCCAUGGCUCGGCGUGGACGCAGAGCCCUCUGUCUCUUCACCGGCCUUCUACUGGUUGCGCUAGCAAGCGUGUUGGUUUUGGCUCUCCUCGACGAAAUCGCCAAAUGGAGGUUUGCCAACAGGUACGGCGACGGUGGAAGUGGAAGCGAAAAGAAAAAGCAAGUAGCGUUGGUUUCAGAGCUGCAGGCUCUGGCCCAAAUGGCCAAUAAAACGGUGGAGGAUUUUGCCGUGGAGGUCUUUACUCGGCAAGAUAAUAUCAGGGCUUCAUUUUGCACCAAGGGCAGUAGCGUGAAUGAAACACCGAUUGAAUUGUGCGAGGAAGAGUGCCUAACAUCCAACAAUCCCCGUGUACUCAUGGUCUUUCCCAUCAGAGAUCGUUGGGAGCUACUGAAGACACUUUUGAAGAAACUUCUGCCCCUACUUCAACGACAUACUGUCUGCACCUUCAUCGCUAUCGUUGAGCAGACGGAUACCUUGGCAUUCAACAAAGGCCUGUUAAUGAACGCCGCUGUGGUGGAAAUGAGCAAACAAGUGCCGUUUGAUUGCAUUAUCUUCCACGACGUGGAUCUGGUGCCCAUCGCCGGAGACGUCGUUUAUUACGAGUGCCCCGAUUAUCCUCGCCACUUGACCGUGAUGGUCGAUAAGUUUCAAUACAGGCAGGUGGUCUUACCUUAUCUAAAUCUAAUCGGUGGAAUCCUGGCGCUUCCACUGCAGCACUUCCUGCGAGUAAAUGGAUUUUCCAAUAUGUUUUGGGGCUGGGGUGCUGAAGACGACGACAUGUAUGAAAGGCUGUCCUUCCUAGGAAUUCCCAUCACCAGGCCGAUGCUGAAUCCUACGAGAUACACCAUGCUGCCUCAUCAAAGUAGUGAGACUUUAGACGCCUGGAGAGCGAUCGUAUUAUUAAAAAUGGCCCUCAAGCGAUAUCGUCUUGAUGGACUCAAUUCGGCAAAGUACGAAAUAAUCCGAAUGAAUAUCAGUUCUGCCUGCGACAUAAUCGGAGGCAUUCGGCGGAAAUGCCUCUUUGAAAAAAAACAUAUUAUGCAUUUUUAUAUUGAUCCUCAACCAAUCAGAGCACUUAACGUGAAACCAUUUUAUAAUAAACAUUGA